CCUCUUGUGCGCCACACGGGGGCGUUGUAGCCAGCGGCACGCGGUCUCCAGUCCUCCGGUAUCCCGUCAGCAUGAAGACAGAAGAGCGUUGAUCAGAGCAGCACAUGCUUUCUCUCGGCUACUACUUUAACUAACUCACACUUAGCCAAGAUGGCGGAUUCCGACGACUGGGACGUUGAGAACUUCGAGCCGAGUGAGCCGAUCAGAAGUGGCGCCGGGCAGCUGGAUAGAUGGGAAGGCGAGGACGAGGAGGAAGACGUCAAGGAUAACUGGGAUGAUGAGGAGGAGGAGAAGAAGGAAGAAGAGAAGAAAGUUGAACAGAAAAAAGCAGAGUUGAAACCCCCUGAGAAGAAAAAAUUAAGUGAUAAAAUAAAAGAGAAAGAAAGUUUUCAAAAGAACAAACAAGAUGAGUUGAAAAAUAAGAUGGAAGAAACGGUGAGUGAGACUCUAUCAACAGAGGAGCAGCAUGCAGAGAAGCUUCGACUGAAGAUACUGCAGGAGGAGGCAGACAUGGAAUUGGCCCGUGAGGCGUUUGGUAAAAAAACAAGUGUCGAUCCUGCUGCUGCAAAUGCCUCUACUACUGUUAUAACAACAAACAAUGCCUCUGGAAUUGAAGCCAUGUGCCCUUCAUCCAAAGAUGACUUUGUUGCAUUUGAAAAUUUACUGAAAGAUAAGAUAGCACAGUUUGAGAAAUCAGUGCAUUAUUCCAGCUUUUUGGAGUCACUGUUUCGAGAGCUUUGUAUUUCAUUGGAAGUAGAUGACCUGAAAAAAAUCAAUAAUUCUUUGUCUGUUCUGCUCAGUGAAAAACAAAGGCAAGAAAAGGAAAAGAAGGCAAAUAAGAAGAAGAAGAAAGGUGUAGUCCCCGGUGGUGGAUUGAAAGCAACCAUGAAAGAUGACUUUGCUGAUUAUGCUGGUUUUGACGAUGGCUAUGGCAAUGAUUUUGAUGACUUCAUGUGACGAAGGUUCAUCAUCCCCCUUCCCAUUCCCUCUGUGCCCAGAUGCCCUUGCAGACAUGCAACAUUACUCUUUCAUGCUUCUCAGUGCCAUCUUGGACACUGAACAAUUGUCAACCCUUUACUUGGUUCCAGUGGUGACGGACUCCUCAUAAAGCUGCUAUAAAGCUGCCAUUUGCACCCCAGCGGCAAAUGGGGGAAUAGUACAUUUAUUCAGACGGCCUUGAAAUCUCAUUUUUAUUU